CCUACAGGUAACCCUCGAACCCUCCUCCACACACAGGUAUGGCAUGGACGCUGACGCCUCCCACGACUACAACAACCACCACCACAUCAUGGGCGGGAGUGUGCCGCAGAACAACCCGAGUCUUCGCCUGCACCACAACAUGCUGGCCACACUCUUCCUCGUCAUCGUGGGUCUCGGGCUACGCGUCUCCGCCCCUCCUGCUCGCCUCUUCUCGGGUCUAGGCUGGACGCUGCUGCUGGCCGGCCUGGCGCUGCAGUGGGCCGUCCUGUGCCGAGGCGCUAUCAAGGGGCAGCUCACAGUGCACCUCGAUGUGUCCACGCUGCUGAACGCGGGGUUGGUGACGAUGGGCACGUGCAUCGCCGAGGGUGCCGUGGUGGGGGCCGCCUCGCCCCUGCAGAUGGUGGUGGUUAUGCUGCUGCACGUGCCCCUCCAUGUCCUCAACCACCACCUCGCCUCCACUGUCUUCAAGAGUGUCGACGUCGGCGGCUGCGUCAGCGUUCACGUGUUCGGCGCCGUGUUCGGUGUGGCGGCGUCCCGGGCACUCUCCACACACUUGCCCGAGGCCACGCCGAGACCCUCCCGUGCCUCCCAAGUGACUGCCCUCGUCGGCACGUUGGUGUUGGUGGUGUCGCUAGCGGAGACGUGGCUGUGGCAACUGACUGGCGACGACCACAACCGAGCCCUCGUGAACGUAAUGAUGUCCUUCGCUGCAGCCGCCCCCGCCGCCUUCACCGCCUCCUCUAUUGCCCACCCCAGAAGGAAGUUUUCAAUGAGCGACGUGGGCAGCGGCGUGCUGGGCGCGGUCGUAGCCGUGAGCUGCGUGGUGAACCUCAUGCUUCUGCCGUACGGGGCACUGCUGCUGGGCUCGGCGGUGGGCGCUACCUGUGUGCUGGCCCGGCGCUUCCUCACGCCCCUAGCAGAGCGGCGUCUGGGCGUGGGCGACGUGUCCGGCGUGGGAGUGGCGCACGGGCUGGCGGGUGUGCUCGGGGGCUUGAUGGGCGUGUUGAUGGCCGCCUGUGCAACGGACAAAGGCAUCUACGGCUACAGUGUCUACGAGCAUUAUCCCGCCAUGGCGCCGCGUCGGGAGAGCUACCAGUUCCAUGAGGUGGUAAGCUAUUUCGUGGUGGCUCCAGGGGAAGGCCGCUCAGCCCUCGUGCAGGCCGCCCACCAGUUGGCCGCUCUGCUCACCGCCCUCGCCCUCGCCCUCGUCGCUGGCACUCUUACUGGACUGGUGUUGAGGCUGCCUGGAUGUGGUGAUGCAGGGCGGCAGGAUGGGCGGUACUGGCAGCUCCCCGCCCACACCGACACACCCAACACCGCCCACACCACACACCACCACCGUCACCACCACCGCCACCGCCGCCUCGCAGGACCCAACUCCGCUACCCACCCUUCUCACCACCACCACAGCCAACACCAGCACCACCACUCCCCCCACCACGGCAACCAACACCACCUUCAUCACCACCACGGUCAUCACCACCACGGUCAUCAACACCAGCAUAAUAAUUCGGUGGUGUAAGGGUUGACUAUCUCCUUUGUAUUAUUAUUAUUAUUAUUAUUAUUAUUAUUAUUAUUAUUAUUAUUAUUAUUAUUAUUAUUAUUAUUAUUAUUAU